AUGAGCAGACCUCCACUACAUAAUCUAUUCGAUACAGUAAAAACGUUGCACAAAACCACAGAGUCAACGUUUGAACGUGUCUCUACCAUUUCAACUAUAGAGCACUUCAGCAUUCAAAAUAUUAAGCCUUAUGCUAGUAGUAGCACAACUACCUCCACCACUGUUACUAAUGAACUAAUUGAAUCCAAGAAGUUGCCUAAAGAAAUGCUAGGAAUUCAUGAAACUCCCAAGACAACAGAAAAAACCCAUCCCACUAAAGACACUCCCUCAUUUACAGAAAUGAGUGAAAGUAGUCGAACGAAAAUAUCAACAACAACAUCACCAACAACAUUAACAAAAACAACAAUAACAACAACAACAUACCCAAUUACAAAAUCAACACUAAAAUUGGAAAAUGAAAAUAUUCCACCAGUGACAGACAAGGAGGCAACGACAAUAGCAAUAUCGACAGCAGUUGAAGCCGCCGCAUCUGUAAUGAGCGACAGAGAGUAUCUGGAGCAAAUUAUGAAAUGUGGUGAUGUUAAAAGGAAAAUACAAGAGCUAGAAACUCAGGGACUAGGUCCAAUUGAUAAACAGUCGGAUUCAGAAUCCGAUUCAGUUGAUAAAAAUACCACCGUAAAAACGGUUGUACAUGCAAUUGAAGAGAAAAUGAUUGGCACGACUGUAGAAGCUUUACCAUUUGCUGUACGAAAACGUAAGCCAAGUCAUACUGAAUGCGACUUAACACAAUUGGAAAAUCAAAUACUGAACGAAGUGGAUGUGCAAUUGACACAGCUGACAACAUCAGAACCUCCCAUCGAAGUUGUUAAACUAUCGCCAAUCGAGGCAUUAGAAAAAGGGUUCAACAAUCUAAAUGCAAUUGAUGAAGUUGUUUGUGAAAAAAUAUGCCAAAAAAAGAAAACAUUCGAAGUCGCUGAAGAAUCCAAAAUAUUGGAUAAAUUCGACCAACAUAUAGACGCAAUAAAAACCACAGACAUUGCUGACGACCACGUAACAUACACUAACAUUGAUAAGAUAGAUAUAGGGCAAAUCCCCAAAGCAGAUAGUGAUACAUUACCCAAAGUUAAAGAAGUCGUAGAGGUAUUUGAGAAAAAGUUCCCUACAUCCACUGUAGAAGCCAUACCAUUUAGCCCACGACGACGAGAGAAACGACCAUCCGAAUUAGAUAUAGCCGAAGUAGAAAAACACAUCUUAAGCGAAACAGAUAUGCUUCUAGAGAAACUUGCUCCCGCAGCAACCGAAAGAAAGGCUCACGUCCAAACGCUAACUAGUCCCCAACAAACUACAGCUCCUAUUGAAGAGACAUGCGAAAUAGUAUGUUCCAAACGUAGAAUAAGCGAAUUAGCAAAACUUUUUGAUGUUCCAUCCGAAACUGUACAAAAGCCAACUCAGGAAUAUGACAAACCUAGUACAGAUACAAUUGAUUCAAAACCUAGUGAUACUAUAGAAACUGAAAAGACUGUGAACGUUAGUCAAUUACCAAAACUGAAUUUGACUUCCAACCAAACUAGUAUUAAAAACCCAUUAGACUAUAAAAGUACAACUCUACCCUUAGGUAUACAGAAAACCAUAGACAAUAAACAAAUGUUUAGCAUUUCCCAUGAAAUUUGGGAUAACACAAAAGAUCUCACCACUCCAACUACCACUGACAUACACUUUCCAACAGACAGCGAAAUAACAACUCAUGCUAACGAUGGAAUGCUAGAAUUAUCAACUGUAGGUCAACACGGAACAACCAAUACCUUUGUCACAAGUUUAGCUCUAAGUAAAACUACACUUGAGAGAUUUUCAAUAACAGGCGACAAACUAGAAAAUCUACCAACUAAUUUAGAAAUCGACGAUCAAAGAAAAGCAGAACGUCAUCAAACAAUAGAUGAACAAAUUGAAAGAUUUCCUUUAUUUGAAACCAAAAAUCGGUCUCCUUUUUAUGCAAAAGACACCACCGACAAAACUACUGAAGACCCCAUGCUACAAAAAACACAAACUAAACCUGAAUCUUCCCAUGACACACAUUUAAAACAAAUAUACGAAAAUCACAAAAUAAUGUCAUCCCUACAGAAACAAAGGACUCCUUGCAUUACAGAUCACUUAGGCAAAUCUUCAACUGAUAAUAUAAUAAAAUCUAUUGGAUCAUCAUUUCCUAUUUCCACUGCAUCAAAACAAUAUUACGAACAAAACAAAUUUCUCACUGACAAUACAAAGUCUUCACUAAGCGCUAUACAGACCCAACAAUACGACCACUUAGAUCGGAAGGAACCUACUGACAUCAAAAUCAAAGCAAACGAUACUACUGGUACACAAAAACAAUCAGAAGAAUCAGACAAACAAGAACCUCUUGUAUAUUCAACAAAAUCUAUUACCCAACCCACAAUUGAUGACGACUCUGAAGAUGAGUUCGAAUUAAAGAAAAUAAUUGAUCUCGAUUCAAAACCUGUUCAGUCUAGAGACAUUUCAAGGUUACCAAAGCAAAUGGAAGAAACAGACAAACCAAAAUCUCCUCAAGAUUCAACAAAAUCACCUCUAGAUUCAACAACAUCUCCUACUAUACCCACAUUUGGUGACGAUUAUGAAGAUGAGUUGGAACUAAAGACACCCACUGAUCUCGCUUCAAAACCUGUUCAGCCUACUAACAUUUCAAGUUUACCAAAGCCAAUGGACGAAACAGACAAACCAAAAUCUCCUCUAGAUUCAACAAAAUCGCUUAUAAAACCGACAUUUAGUGACGAUUCUGAAGAUGAGUUCGAAUUAAAGAAACCAACUGAUAUCCAUUCAAAACCAGUUCAGCCAACUGACAUUUCUAGUUUACCAAAGACAGUUGACCCAACUGACAAACCAAAAUCUCCUCCAGAUUCAACAAAAUCACCCACAUUUAGUGACGAUUCUGAAGAUGAGUUUGAAUUAAAGAAACCAACUGAUUUCGAUUCAAAACCAGUUCAGCCAACUGACACUUCAAGUUUACCAAAGUCGGUUGACCCAAUAGUCAAACCAAAAUCUCCUCUAGAUUCAACAAAAUCUCCUACUAAACCCACAUUUAGUGACGAUUAUGAAGAUGAGUUGGAAUUAAAGAAACCAACUGAAUUCGAUUCAAUCCCAGUUCAGCCAACUGACACUUCAAGUUUACCAAAGAUAGUUGACCCAACAGACAAACCAAAAUCCCCUCUAGAUUCAACUAAAUCGCCUACUAAGCCCACAUUUAGUGACGAUUAUGAAGAUGAGUUGGAAUUAAAGAACUCAACUGAUCUCGAUUCAAAACCAGUUGAACCAACUGACAUUUCUAGUUUACCAAUGAAAGUUGACCCAACAGACAAACCAAAAUCUCCUCUAGAUUCAAUAAAAUCUCCUACUAAACCCACAUUUAGUGACGAUUAUGAAGAUAAGUUGGAAGUAAAGAAACCAACUGAUCUCGAUUCAAAACCAGUUCAGCCAACUGACACUUCAAGUUUACCAAAGACAGUUGACCCAACAGACAAAUCAAAAUCUCCUCUAGAUUCAACAAAAUCUCCUACUAAACUCACAUUUAUUGAAGAUUAUGAAGAUGAGUUGGAAUUAAAGAAACCAACUGAUCUCGAUUCAAAACCAGUUCAGGCAACUGACAUUUCCAGCUUUCCAAAGACAGUUGACCCAACAGACAAACCAAAAUCUCCUCUAGAUUCAACAAAAUCUCCUACUAAACCCACAUUUAGUGAAGAUUAUGAAGGUGAGUUGGAAUCAAAGAAACUAACUGAUCUCGAUUCAAAGCCAGUUCAGCCAACUGUCAUUUCCAGUUUACCAAGGGCAGUUGACUCAACAGACAAACCAAAAUCUCCUCUAGAUUCAACAAAAUCUCCUACUAAACCCACAUUUAGCGAGGAUACUGAAGAUGAAAUGCAAUUAAAGAAACCAAUUAAUCUUGAUUCAAAGCCAGUUCAGCCAAUUGACAUUUUAAUUUUACCAAAGACAGUUGACCCAACAGACAAAACAAAAUCUCCUCUAGAUUCAACAAAAUCUCCUACUAAACCCACAUUUAGCGACGAUUCUGAAGAUGAGUUGGAAUUAAAGAAACCAACUGAUCUCGAUUCAAAACCAGUUCAGCCAACCGACAUUUCAAGUUUACCAAAGACAAUUGACCCAACAGACAAACCAAAAUCUCCUCUAGAUUCAACAAAAUCUCCUACUAAACCCACAUUUAGUGACGAUUCUGAAGAUGAGUUUGAAUUAAUGAAACCAACUGAUCUCGAUUCAAAACCAGUUCAGCCAACUGACACUUCAAGUUUACCAAAGUCAGUUGACCCAACAGUCAAACCAAAAUCUCCUCUAGAUUCAACAAAAUCUCCUACUAAACCCACAUUUAGUGACGAUUAUGAAGAUGAGUUUGUAUUAAUGAAACCAGUUCAGCUAACUGACACUUCAAGUUUAUCAAAGUCAGUUGACCCAACAGUCAAACCAAAAUCUCCUACUAAACCUACAUUUAGUGACUAUUCUGAUGAAUUAAAGAAACCAACUGAUCUCGAUUCAAAACCAGUUCAGCCAACUGACAUUUCCAGUUUACCAAAGACAGCUGACCCAACAGACAGAACAAAAUCUCCUCUAGAUUCAACAAAAUCUCCUACUAAACCCACAUUUAGUGACGAUUCUGAAGAUGAGUUUGAAUUAAAGAAACCAACUGACCUCGAUUCAAAACCAGUUCAGCCAACUGACACUUCAGGUUUACCAAAGACAGUUGACUCAACAGACAAACCAAAAUCUCCUCUAGAUUCAACAAAAUCUCCUACUAAACCCAUAUUUAGUGACGAUUAUGAAGAUGAGUUUGUAUUAAUGAAACCAGCUGAUCUCGAUUCAAAACCAGUUCAGCCAACUGACACUUCAAGUUUAUCAAAGACAGUUGACUCAACAGACAAACCAAAAUCUCCUCUAGAUUCAACAAAAUCUCCUACUAAACCCACAUUUAGUGACGACUAUGAAGGUGUUUUUGAAUUAAAGAAACCAACUGAUCUCGAUUCAAAACCAGUUCAGCCAACUGACACUUCAAGUUUACCAAAGCUAGUUGACCCAACAGUCAAACCAAAAUCUCCUCUAGAUUCAACAAAAUCUCUUACCAAGCCCACAUUUAGUGACGAUUCUGAUGAUGAGUUGGAAUUAAAGAAACCAACUGAUCUCGAUUCAAAACCAGUUCAGCCAACGGACAUUUCCAGUUUACCAAAUAUAGUUGACCCAACAGACAAAACAAAAUCUCCUCUAGAUUCAAUAAAAUCUCCUACUAAACCCACAUUUAGUGACGAUUAUGAAGAUGAGUUGGAACUAAAGAAACCAACUGAACUCGAUUCAAAACCAGUUCAGCCAACUGACGCUUCAAGUUUACCAAAGCCAGUUGACCGAAGAGACAAACCAAAAUCUCCUCUAUAUUCAACAAAAUCUCCUACUAAACCCACAUUUAGUGACGAUUCUGAAGAUGAGUUGGAAUUAAAGAAACCAACUGAUCUCUAUUCAAAACCAGUUCAGCCAACUGACACUUCAAGUUUACCAAAGACAGUUGACCCAACAGACAAAACAAAAUCCCCUCUAGAUUCAACAAAAUCUCCAACUAAACCCGCAUUUAGUGACUAUUCUGAUGAAUUAAAGAAACCAACUGAUCUCGAUUCAAAACCAGUUCAGCCAACUGACAUUUCCAGUUUAUCAAAGAUACUUGACCCAACAGACAAACCAAAAUCUCCUCUAGAUUCAACAAAAUCGCCUACCAAGCCCAAAGUUAGCGACGAUUAUGAAGAUGAGUUUGAAUUAAUGAAACCAACUGAUCUCGAUUCAAAACCAGUUCAGCCAACUGACAUUUCCAGUUUACCACAGACAGUUGACCCAACUGACCAACAAAAAUCUCCUCUAGAUUCAACGAAAUCGCCUACCAAACACACAUUUAGUGACGACUCUGAAGAUGAAUUGGAAUUAAAGAAACCAACUGAUCUCGAUUCAAAACCACUUCAGUCAACUGACAUUUCUAGUUUACCAAAGACAGUUGACCCAGCAGACAAACCAAAAUAUCCUCAAGAUUCAACAAAAUCUCCUACUAAACCCACAUUUAGUAACGAUUAUGAAGAUGAGUUGGAAUUAAAGAAACCAACUGAUCUCGAUUCAAAACCAGUUCAGCCAACUGACAUUUCCAGUUUACCAAAGACAGUUGACCCAGCAGACAAACCAAAAUCUCCUCUAGGUGCAACAAAAUCGCCCAUCAAGCCCACAUUUAGUGACGAUUCUGAAGAUGAGUUGGAAUUAAAGAAACCAACUGAUCUCGAUUCAAACCCAGUUCAGCCAACUGACAUUUCUAGUUUACCAAAGACAGUUGACACAACUGACAAACCAAAAUCUCCUCCAGAUUCAACAAAAUCACCCACAUUUAGUGACGAUUCUGAAGAUGAGUUUGAAUUAAAGAAACCAACUAAUGUCGAUUCAAUCCCAGUUCAGCCAACUGACACUUCAAGUUUACCAAAGAUAGUUGAACCAACAGAUAAACCAAAAUCCCCUCUAGAUUCAACUAAAUCGCCUACUAAGCCCACAUUUAGUGACGAUUUUGAAGAUGAGUUGGAAUUAAAGAACCCAACUGAUCUCGAUUCAAAACCAGUUCAACCAACUGACAUUUCGAGUUUACCAAAGACAGUUGAUCCAACAGACAAACCAAAAUCUCCUCUAGAUUCAACAAAAUCGCCUACCAAGACCACAUUUAGUGACGAUUCUGAAGAUGAGUUGGAAUUGAAGAAACCAACUGAACUCGAUUCAAAAGCAGUUCAGCCAACUGACAUUUCCAGUUUACCAAAGACAGUUGACCCAACAGACAAACCAAAAUCCCUUCUAGAUUCAACAAAAUCUCCUACUGAACCCACAUUUAGUGACGACUAUGAAGAUGAGUUGGAAUUAAAGAAACCAACUGAACUCGAUUCAAAACCAGUUCAGCCAACUGACAUUUCAAGUUUACCAAGGACAUUUGACCCAACAGACACACCAAAAUCUCCUCUAUAUUCAGCAAAAUCGCCUACCAAACCCACAUUUAGUGACGAUUCUGAAGAUGAGUUUGAAUUAAAGAACCCAACUGAUCUCGAUUCAAAACCAGUUCAGCCAACUUUCACUUCAAGUUUAACAAAGACAGUUGACCCAACAGACAAACCAACAUCUCCUCUAGAUUCAACAAAAUCGCCUACUAAGCCCACAUUUAGUGACGAUUAUGAAGAUGAGUUUGAAUUAAAGAAACCAACUGAUGUCGAUUCAAAACCAGUUCAGCCAACUGACAUUUCCAGUUUACCAAAGACAGUUGACUCAGCAGACAAACCAAAAUCUCCUCUAGAUUCAACAAAAUCGCCUACUAAGCCCACAUUUAGUGACGAUUCUGAAGAUGAGUUUGAAUUAAAGAAACCAACUGAUCUCGAUUCAAAACCAGUUCAGCCAUCUGACAUUUCCAGUUUACCAAAGACAGUUGACCCAACAGACAAACCAAAAUCCCCUCUAGAUUCAACAAAAUCUCCUACUAAACCCACAUUUAGUGACGAUUAUGAAGAUGAGUUUGAAUUAAAGAAACCAACUGAUCUCGAUUCAAAACCAGUUCAGCCAACUGACACUUCAAGUUUACCAAAGCAAGUUGAUCCAACAGACAAACCAAAAUCCCCUCUAGAUUCAACAAAAUCUCCUACUAAACCCACAUUUAGUGACGAUUAUGAAGAUGAGUUGGAACUAAAGAAACCAACUGAUCUCGAUUCAAAACCAGUUCAGCCAACUGACAUUUCCAGUUUACAAAAGACAGUUGACCCAAUUGACAAACCAAAAUCCCCUCUAGAUUCAACAAAAUCUCCUACUAAACCCACAUUUAGUGACGAUUAUGAAGAUGAGUUUGAAUUAAAGAAACCAACUGAUCUCGAUUCAAAACCAGUUCAGCCAACUGACAUUUCCAGUUUACAAAAGACAGUUGACCCAAUUGACAAACCAAAAUCUCCUCUAGAUUCAACAAAAUCUCCUACUAAACCCACAUUUAGUGGCGAUUAUGAAGAUGAGUUGGAAUUAAAGAAACCAACUGAACUCGAUUCAAAACCAGUUCAGCCAACUGACAUUUCGAGUUUACAAAAGACAGUUGACCCAACAGUCAAACCAAAAUCUCCUCUAGAUUCAACAAAAUCGCCUACCAUGCCCACAUUUAGUGACGAUUCUGAAGAUGAGUUGGAAAUAAAGAAACCAACUGAUCUCGAUUCAAAACCAGAUCAGUCAACUGACAUUCCACGUUUACCAACAGACAAACCAAAAUCUCCUACUAAACCCACAUUUAGUGACGAUUAUGAAGAUGAGUUGGAAUUAAAGAAACCAACUGAUCUCGAUUCAAAACCAGUUCAGCCAACUGACAUUUCCAGUUUACCAAAGCAAGUUGACCCAACAGUCAAACCAAAAUCUCCUCUAGAUUCAACAAAAUCUCCUACUAAACCCACAUUUAGUGACGAUUCUGAAGAUGAGUUGGAAUUAAAGAAACCAACUGAUCUCGAUUCAAAACCAGUUCAUCCAACUGCCAUUUCCAGUUUACCAAAGCAAGUUGACCCAACAGACAAACCAAAAUCUCCUCUAGAUUCAACAAAAUCUCCUACUAAACCCACAUUUAGUGACGAUUCUGAAGAUGAGUUGGAAUUGAAGAAACCAACUGAACUCGAUUCAAAACCAGAUCAGCCAACUGACAUUUCCAGUUUACCAAAGCCAGUUGACCCAACAGUCAAACCAAAAUCUCCUCUAGAUUCAACAAAAUCUCCUACUAAACCCACAUUUAGUGACGAUUCUGAAGAUGAGUUGGAAUUAAAGAAACCAACUGAUCUCGAUUCAAAACCAGUUCAUCCAACUGCCAUUUCCAGUUUACCAAAGCAAGUUGACCCAACAGUCAAACCAAAAUCUCCUCUAGAUUCAACAAAAUCUCCUACUAAACCCACAUUUAGUGACGAUUCUGAAGAUGAGUUGGAAUUAAAGAAACCAACUGAUCUCGAUUCAAAACCAGUUCAUCCAACUGCCAUUUCCAGUUUACCAAAGCAAGUUGACCCAACAGUCAAACCAAAAUCUCCUCUAGAUUCAACAAAAUCUCCUACUAAACCCACAUUUAGUGACGAUUAUGAAGAUGAGUUUGAAUUAAAGAAACCAACUGAUCUCGAUUCAAAACCAGAUCAGCCAACUGACAUUUCCAGUUUACCAAAGCCAGUUGACCCAACAGUCAAACCAAAAUCUCCUCUAGAUUCAACAAAAUCUCCUACUAAACCCACAUUUAGUGACGAUUCUGAAGAUGAGUUGGAAUUAAAGAAACCAACUGAUCUCGAUUCAAAACCAGUUCAUCCAACUGCCAUUUCCAGUUUACCAAAGCAAGUUGACCCAACAGUCAAACCAAAAUCUCCUCUAGAUUCAACAAAAUCUCCUACUAAACCCACAUUUAGUGACGAUUAUGAAGAUGAGUUUGAAUUAAAGAAACCAACUGAUCUCGAUUCAAAACCAGUUCAGCCAACUGACAUUUCCAGUUUACAAAAGACAGUUGACCCAAUUGACAAACCAAAAUCUCCUCUAGAUUCAACAAAAUCUCCUACUAAACCCACAUUUAGUGGCGAUUAUGAAGAUGAGUUGGAAUUAAAGAAACCAACUGAACUCGAUUCAAAACCAGUUCAGCCAACUGACAUUUCGAGUUUACAAAAGACAGUUGACCCAACAGUCAAACCAAAAUCUCCUCUAGAUUCAACAAAAUCGCCUACCAUGCCCACAUUUAGUGACGAUUCUGAAGAUGAGUUGGAAAUAAAGAAACCAACUGAUCUCGAUUCAAAACCAGAUCAGUCAACUGACAUUCCACGUUUACCAACAGACAAACCAAAAUCUCCCACUAAACCCACAUUUAGUGACGAUUAUGAAGAUGAGUUGGAAUUAAAGAAACCAACUGAUCUCGAUUCAAAACCAGUUCAGCCAACUGACAUUUCCAGUUUACCAAAGCAAGUUGACCCAACAGUCAAACCAAAAUCUCCUCUAGAUUCAACAAAAUCUCCUACUAAACCCACAUUUAGUGACGAUUCUGAAGAUGAGUUGGAAUUAAAGAAACCAACUGAUCUCGAUUCAAAACCAGAUCAGUCAACUGACAUUCCACGUUUACCAACAGACAAACCAAAAUCUCCCACUAAACCCACAUUUAGUGACGAUUAUGAAGAUGAGUUGGAAUUAAAGAAACCAACUGAUCUCGAUUCAAAACCAGUUCAGCCAACUGACAUUUCCAGUUUACCAAAGCAAGUUGACCCAACAGUCAAACCAAAAUCUCCUCUAGAUUCAACAAAAUCUCCUACUAAACCCACAUUUAGUGACGAUUCUGAAGAUGAGUUGGAAUUAAAGAAACCAACUGAUCUCGAUUCAAAACCAGUUCAGCCAACUGACAUUUCCAGUUUACAAAAGACAGUUGACCCAAUUGACAAACCAAAAUCCCCUCUAGAUUCAACAAAAUCUCCUACUAAACCCACAUUUAGUGACGAUUAUGAAGAUGAGUUUGAAUUAAAGAAACCAACUGAUCUCGAUUCAAAACCAGUUCAGCCAACUGACAUUUCCAGUUUACAAAAGACAGUUGACCCAAUUGACAAACCAAAAUCUCCUCUAGAUUCAACAAAAUCUCCUACUAAACCCACAUUUAGUGGCGAUUAUGAAGAUGAGUUGGAAUUAAAGAAACCAACUGAACUCGAUUCAAAACCAGUUCAGCCAACUGACAUUUCGAGUUUACAAAAGACAGUUGACCCAACAGUCAAACCAAAAUCUCCUCUAGAUUCAACAAAAUCGCCUACCAUGCCCACAUUUAGUGACGAUUCUGAAGAUGAGUUGGAAAUAAAGAAACCAACUGAUCUCGAUUCAAAACCAGAUCAGUCAACUGACAUUCCACGUUUACCAACAGACAAACCAAAAUCUCCUACUAAACCCACAUUUAGUGACGAUUAUGAAGAUGAGUUGGAAUUAAAGAAACCAACUGAUCUCGAUUCAAAACCAGUUCAGCCAACUGACAUUUCCAGUUUACCAAAGCAAGUUGACCCAACAGUCAAACCAAAAUCUCCUCUAGAUUCAACAAAAUCUCCUACUAAACCCACAUUUAGUAACGAUUAUGAAGAUGAGUUGGAAUUAAAGAAACCAACUGAUCUCGAUUCAAAACCAGUUCAGCCAACUGACAUUUCCAGUUUACAAAAGACAGUUGACCCAAUUGACAAACCAAAAUCUCCUCUAGAUUCAACAAAAUCUCCUACUAAACCCACAUUUAGUGGCGAUUAUGAAGAUGAGUUGGAAUUAAAGAAACCAACUGAACUCGAUUCAAAACCAGUUCAGCCAACUGACAUUUCGAGUUUACAAAAGACAGUUGACCCAACAGUCAAACCAAAAUCUCCUCUAGAUUCAACAAAAUCGCCUACCAUGCCCACAUUUAGUGACGAUUCUGAAGAUGAGUUGGAAAUAAAGAAACCAACUGAUCUCGAUUCAAAACCAGAUCAGUCAACUGACAUUCCACGUUUACCAACAGACAUACCAAAAUCUCCUACUAAACCCACAUUUAGUGACGAUUAUGAAGAUGAGUUGGAAUUAAAGAAACCAACUGAUCUCGAUUCAAAACCAGUUCAGCCAACUGACAUUUCCAGUUUACCAAAGCAAGUUGACCCAACAGUCAAACCAAAAUCUCCUCUAGAUUCAACAAAAUCUCCUACUAAACCCACAUUUAGUGACGAUUCUGAAGAUGAGUUGGAAUUAAAGAAACCAACUGAUCUCGAUUCAAAACCAGUUCAUCCAACUGCCAUUUCCAGUUUACCAAAGCAAGUUGACCCAACAGUCAAACCAAAAUCUCCUCUAGAUUCAACAAAAUCUCCUACUAAACCCACAUUUAGUGACGAUUCUGAAGAUGAGUUGGAAUUGAAGAAACCAACUGAACUCGAUUCAAAACCAGAUCAGCCAACUGACAUUUCCAGUUUACCAAAGCCAGUUGACCCAACAGUCAAACCAAAAUCUCCUCUAGAUUCAACAAAAUCUCCUACUAAACCCACAUUUAGUGACGAUUAUGAAGAUGAGUUGGAAUUAAAGAAACCAACUGAACUCGAUUCAAAACCAGUUCAGCCAACUGACAUUUCCAGUUUACCAAGGACAGUUGACCCAACAGUCAAACUAAAAUCCCCUCUAGAUUCAACAAAAUCUCCUACUAAACCCACAUUUAGUGACGAUUCUGAAGAUGAGUUGGAAAUAAAGAAACCAACUGAUCUCGAUUCAAAACCAAAUCAGCCAACUGACAUUCCAUGUUUACCAACAGACAAACCAAAAUCUCCUACUAAACCCACAUUUAGUGACGAUUAUGAAGAUGAGUUGGAAUUAAAGAAACCAACUGAUCUCGAUUCAAAACCAGUUCAGCCAACUGACAUUUCCAGUUUACCAAAGACAGUUGACCCAACAGUCAAAUCAAAAUCUCCUCUAGAUGCAACAAAAUCUCCUACUAAACCAACAUUUAGUGACGAUUAUGAAGAUGAGUUGGAACUAAAGAAACCAACUGAUCUCGAUUCAAAACCAGUUCAGCCAACUGACAUUUCCAGUUUACCAAGGACAGUUGACCCAACAGAUAAACCAAAAUCUUCUCUAGAUUCAAAAAAAUCUCCUACUAAACCCACAUUUAGUGACGAUUCUGAAGAUGAGUUGGAAUUGAAGAAACCAACUGAACUCGAUUCAAAACCAGAUCAGCCAGCUGACAUUUCCAGUUUACAAAAGACAGUUGUCCCAACUGACAAACCAAAAUCUUCUCUAGAUUCAACAAAAUCUCCUACUAAACCCACAUUUAGUGACGAUUCUGAAGAUGAGUUGGAAUUAAAGAAACCAACUGAACUCGAUUCAAAACCAGAUCAGCCAACUGACAUUUCCAGUUUACCAAAGCCAGUUGACCCAACAGUCAAACCAAAAUCUCCUCUAGAUUCAACAAAAUCUCCUACUAAACCCACAUUUAGUGACGAUUAUGAAGAUGAGUUGGAAUUAAAGAAACCAACUGAACUCAAUUCAAAACCAGUUCAGCCAACUGACAUUUCCAGUUUACCAAAGCCAGUUGACCCAACAGUCAAACCAAAAUCUCCUCUAGAUUCAACAAAAUCACCUACUAAACCCACAUUUAGUGACGAUUAUGAAGAUGAGUUGGAACUAAAGAAACCAACUGAACUCGAUUCAAAACCAGAUCAGCCAACUGACAUUUCCAGUUUACCAAAGCCAGUUGACAAAACAGUCAAACCAAAAUCUGCUCUAGAUUCAACAAAAUCUCCAACUAAACCCGCAUUUAGUGACUAUUCUGAUGAAUUAAAGAAACCAACUGAUCUCGAUUCAAAACCAGUUCAGCCAACUGACAUUUCCAGUUUAUCAAAGAUACUUGACCCAACAGACAAACCAAAAUCUCCUCUAGAUUCAACAAAAUCGCCUACCAAGCCCAAAGUUAGCGACGAUUAUGAAGAUGAGUUUGAAUUAAUGAAACCAACUGAUCUCGAUUCAAAACCAGUUCAGCCAACUGACAUUUCCAGUUUACCACAGACAGUUGACCCAACUGACCAACAAAAAUCUCCUCUAGAUUCAACGAAAUCGCCUACCAAACACACAUUUAGUGACGACUCUGAAGAUGAAUUGGAAUUAAAGAAACCAACUGAUCUCGAUUCAAAACCACUUCAGUCAACUGACAUUUCUAGUUUACCAAAGACAGUUGACCCAGCAGACAAACCAAAAUAUCCUCAAGAUUCAACAAAAUCUCCUACUAAACCCACAUUUAGUAACGAUUAUGAAGAUGAGUUGGAAUUAAAGAAACCAACUGAUCUCGAUUCAAAACCAGUUCAGCCAACUGACAUUUCCAGUUUACCAAAGACAGUUGACCCAGCAGACAAACCAAAAUCUCCUCUAGGUGCAACAAAAUCGCCCAUCAAGCCCACAUUUAGUGACGAUUCUGAAGAUGAGUUGGAAUUAAAGAAACCAACUGAUCUCGAUUCAAACCCAGUUCAGCCAACUGACAUUUCUAGUUUACCAAAGACAGUUGACACAACUGACAAACCAAAAUCUCCUCCAGAUUCAACAAAAUCACCCACAUUUAGUGACGAUUCUGAAGAUGAGUUUGAAUUAAAGAAACCAACUAAUGUCGAUUCAAUCCCAGUUCAGCCAACUGACACUUCAAGUUUACCAAAGAUAGUUGAACCAACAGAUAAACCAAAAUCCCCUCUAGAUUCAACUAAAUCGCCUACUAAGCCCACAUUUAGUGACGAUUUUGAAGAUGAGUUGGAAUUAAAGAACCCAACUGAUCUCGAUUCAAAACCAGUUCAACCAACUGACAUUUCGAGUUUACCAAAGACAGUUGAUCCAACAGACAAACCAAAAUCUCCUCUAGAUUCAACAAAAUCGCCUACCAAGACCACAUUUAGUGACGAUUCUGAAGAUGAGUUGGAAUUGAAGAAACCAACUGAACUCGAUUCAAAAGCAGUUCAGCCAACUGACAUUUCCAGUUUACCAAAGACAGUUGACCCAACAGACAAACCAAAAUCCCUUCUAGAUUCAACAAAAUCUCCUACUGAACCCACAUUUAGUGACGACUAUGAAGAUGAGUUGGAAUUAAAGAAACCAACUGAACUCGAUUCAAAACCAGUUCAGCCAACUGACACUUCAAGUUUACCAAAGAUAGUUGACCCAACAGACAAACUAAAAUCUCCUCUAUAUUCAACAAAAUCGCCUACCAAGCCCACAUUUAGUGACGAUUCUCAAGAUGAGUUGGAAUUAAAGAAACCAACUGAUCUCGAUUCAAAACCAGUUCAGCCAACUGACAUUUCAACAAAAUCGCCUACCAAACCCACAUUUAGUGACGAUUCUGAAGAUGAGUUUGAAUUAAAGAACCCAACUGAUCUCGAUUCAAAACCAGUUCAGCCAACUUUCACUUCAAGUUUAACAAAGACAGUUGACCCAACAGACAAACCAACAUCUCCUCUAGAUUCAACAAAAUCGCCUACUAAGCCCACAUUUAGUGACGAUUAUGAAGAUGAGUUUGAAUUAAAGAAACCAACUGAUGUCGAUUCAAAACCAGUUCAGCCAACUGACAUUUCCAGUUUACCAAAGACAGUUGACUCAGCAGACAAACCAAAAUCUCCUCUAGAUUCAACAAAAUCGCCUACUAAGCCCACAUUUAGUGACGAUUCUGAAGAUGAGUUUGAAUUAAAGAAACCAACUGAUCUCGAUUCAAAACCAGUUCAGCCAUCUGACAUUUCCAGUUUACCAAAGACAGUUGACCCAACAGACAAACCAAAAUCCCCUCUAGAUUCAACAAAAUCUCCUACCAAACCCACAUUUAGUGACGAUUAUGAAGAUGAGUUUGAAUUAAAGAAACCAACUGAUCUCGAUUCAAAACCAGUUCAGCCAACUGACACUUCAAGUUUACCAAAGCAAGUUGAUCCAACAGACAAACCAAAAUCCCCUCUAGAUUCAACAAAAUCUCCUACUAAACCCACAUUUAGUGACGAUUAUGAAGAUGAGUUGGAACUAAAGAAACCAACUGAUCUCGAUUCAAAACCAGUUCAGCCAACUGACAUUUCCAGUUUACAAAAGACAGUUGACCCAAUUGACAAACCAAAAUCCCCUCUAGAUUCAACAAAAUCUCCUACUAAACCCACAUUUAGUGGCGAUUAUGAAGAUGAGUUGGAAUUAAAGAAACCAACUGAACUCGAUUCAAAACCAGUUCAGCCAACUGACAUUUCGAGUUUACCAAAGACAGUUGACCCAACAGUCAAACCAAAAUCUCCUCUAGAUUCAACAAAAUCUCCUACUAAACCCACAUUUAGUGACGAUUAUGAAGAUGAGUUGGAAUUAAAGAAACCAACUGAACUCGAUUCAAAACCAGUUCAGCCAACUGACAUUUCCAGUUUACCAAGGACAGUUGACCCAACAGUCAAACUAAAAUCCCCUCUAGAUUCAACAAAAUCUCCUACUAAACCCACAUUUAGUGACGAUUCUGAAGAUGAGUUGGAAAUAAAGAAACCAACUGAACUCAAUUCAAAACCAGUUCAGCCAACUGACAUUCCAUGUUUACCAACAGACAAACCAAAAUCUCCUACUAAACCCACAUUUAGUGACGAUUAUGAAGAUGAGUUGGAAUUAAAGAAACCAACUGAUCUCGAUUCAAAACCAGUUCAGCCAACUGACAUUUCCAGUUUACCAAAGACAGUUGACCCAACAGUCAAAUCAAAAUCUCCUCUAGAUGCAACAAAAUCUCCUACUAAACCAACAUUUAGUGACGAUUAUGAAGAUGAGUUGGAACUAAAGAAACCAACUGAUCUCGAUUCAAAACCAGUUCAGCCAACUGACAUUUCCAGUUUACCAAGGACAGUUGACCCAACAGAUAAACCAAAAUCUUCUCUAGAUUCAAAAAAAUCUCCUACUAAACCCACAUUUAGUGACGAUUCUGAAGAUGAGUUGGAAUUGAAGAAACCAACUGAACUCGAUUCAAAACCAGAUCAGCCAGCUGACAUUUCCAGUUUACAAAAGACAGUUGUCCCAACUGACAAACCAAAAUCUUCUCUAGAUUCAACAAAAUCUCCUACUAAACCCACAUUUAGUGACGAUUCUGAAGAUGAGUUGGAAUUAAAGAAACCAACUGAACUCGAUUCAAAACCAGAUCAGCCAACUGACAUUUCCAGUUUACCAAAGCCAGUUGACCCAACAGUCAAACCAAAAUCUCCUCUAGAUUCAACAAAAUCUCCUACUAAACCCACAUUUAGUGACGAUUAUGAAGAUGAGUUGGAAUUAAAGAAACCAACUGAACUCAAUUCAAAACCAGUUCAGCCAACUGACAUUUCCAGUUUACCAAAGCCAGUUGACCCAACAGUCAAACCAAAAUCUCCUCUAGAUUCAACAAAAUCACCUACUAAACCCACAUUUAGUGACGAUUAUGAAGAUGAGUUGGAACUAAAGAAACCAAGUGAACUCGAUUCAAAACCAGAUCAGCCAACUGACAUUUCCAGUUUACCAAAGCCAGUUGACAAAACAGUCAAACCAAAAUCUGCUCUAGAUUCAACAAAAUCUCCUACUAAACCCACAUUUAGUGACGAUUAUGAAGAUGAGUUGGAACUAAAGAAACCAACUGAACUCGAUUCAAAACCAGAUCAGCCAACCGACAUUUCCAGUUUACCAAAGCAAGUUGACCCAACAGUCAAACCAAAAUCUCCUCUAGAUUCAACAAAAUCUCCUACUAAACCCACAUUUAGUGGCGAUUAUGAAGAUGAGUUGGAAUUAAAGAAACCAACUGAACUCGAUUCAAAACCAGUUCAGCCAACUGACAUUUCGAGUUUACCAAAGACAGUUGACCCAACAGUCAAACCAAAAUCUCCUCUAGAUUCAACAAAAUCUCCUACUAAACCCACAUUUAGUGACGAUUCUGAAGAUGAGUUGGAAUUGAAGAAACCAACUGAACUCGAUUCAAAACCAGAUCAGCCAACUGACAUUUCCAGUUUACCAAAGCCAGUUGACCCAACAGUCAAACCAAAAUCUCCUCUAGAUUCAACAAAAUCUCCUACUAAACCCACAUUUAGUGACGAUUAUGAAGAUGAGUUGGAAUUAAAGAAACCAACUGAUCUCGAUUCAAAACCAGUUCAGCCAACUGACAUUUCCAGUUUACCAAAGACAGUUGACCCAACAGUCAAAUCAAAAUCUCCUCUAGAUUCAACAAAAUCUCCUACUAAACCCACAUUUAGUGACGAUUCUGAAGAUGAGUUGGAAUUGAAGAAACCAACUGAACUCGAUUCAAAACCAGAUCAGCCAACUGACAUUUCCAGUUUACCAAAGCCAGUUGACCCAACAGUCAAACCAAAAUCUCCUCUAGAUUCAACAAAAUCUCCUACUAAACCCACAUUUAGUGACGAUUAUGAAGAUGAGUUGGAAUUAAAGAAACCAACUGAACUCGAUUCAAAACCAGUUCAGCCAACUGACAUGUCCAGUUUACCAAGGACAGUUGACCCAACAGACAAACCAAAAUCUCCUCUAGAUGCAACAAAAUCUCCUACUAAACCCACAUUUAGUGACGAUUCUGAAGAUGAGUUGGAAAUAAAGAAACCAACUGAUCUCGAUUCAAAACCAAAUCAGCCAACUGACAUUCCACGUUUACCAACAGACAAACCAAAAUCUCCUACUAAACCCACAUUUAGUGACGAUUAUGAAGAUGAGUUGGAAUUAAAGAAACCAACUGAACUCAAUUCAAAACCAGUUCAGCCAACUGACAUUUCCAGUUUACCAAAGCCAGUUGACCCAACAGUCAAACCAAAAUCUCCUCUAGAUUCAACAAAAUCACCUACUAAACCCACAUUUAGUGACGAUUAUGAAGAUGAGUUGGAACUAAAGAAACCAACUGAACUCGAUUCAAAACCAGAUCAGCCAACUGACAUUUCCAGUUUACCAAAGCCAGUUGACAAAACAGUCAAACCAAAGUCUGCUCUAGAUUCAACAAAAUCUCCUACUAAACCCACAUUUAGUGACGAUUAUGAAGAUGAGUUGGAACUAAAGAAACCAACUGAACUCGAUUCAAAACCAGAUCAGCCAACCGACAUUUCCAGUUUACCAAAGCAAGUUGACCCAACAGUCAAACCAAAAUCUCCUCUAGAUUCAACAAAAUCUCCUACUAAACCCACAUUUAGUGGCGAUUAUGAAGAUAAGUUGGAAUUAAAGAAACCAACUGAACUCGAUUCAAAACCAGUUCAGCCAACUGACAUUUCGAGUUUACCAAAGACAGUUGACCCAACAGUCAAACCAAAAUCUCCUCUAGAUUCAACAAAAUCUCCUACUAAACCCACAUUUAGUGACGAUUCUGAAGAUGAGUUGGAAUUGAAGAAACCAACUGAACUCGAUUCAAAACCAGAUCAGCCAACUGACAUUUCCAGUUUACCAAAGCCAGUUGACCCAACAGUCAAACCAAAAUCUCCUCUAGAUUCAACAAAAUCUCCUACUAAACCCACAUUUAGUGACGAUUAUGAAGAUGAGUUGGAAUUAAAGAAACCAACUGAUCUCGAUUCAAAACCAGUUCAGCCAACUGACAUUUCCAGUUUACCAAAGACAGUUGACCCAACAGUCAAAUCAAAAUCUCCUCUAGAUGCAACAAAAUCUCCUACUAAACCAACAUUUAGUGACGAUUAUGAAGAUGAGUUGGAACUAAAGAAACCAACUGAUCUCGAUUCAAAACCAGUUCAGCCAACUGACAUUUCCAGUUUACCAAGGACAGUUGACCCAACAGACAAACCAAAAUCUCCUCUAGAUUCAACAAAAUCGCCUACCAUGCCCACAUUUAGUGACGAUUCUGAAGAUGAGUUGGAAAUAAAGAAACCAACUGAUCUCGAUUCAAAACCAGAUCAGCCAACUGACAUUCCACGUUUACCAACAGACAUACCAAAAUCUCCUACUAAACCCACAUUUAGUGACGAUUAUGAAGAUGAGUUGGAAUUAAAGAAACCAACUGAUCUUGAUUCAAAACCAGUUCAGCCAACUGACAUUUCCAGUUUACCAAAGACAGUUGACCCAACAGUCAAAUCAAAAUCUCCUCUAGAUGCAACAAAAUCUCCUACUAAACCAACAUUUAGUGACGAGUCCGAAGAUGAGUUGGAAUUAAAGAAACCAACUUAUCUCGAUUCAAAACCAGAUCAGCUAACUGACAUUUCUAGUUUACCAAAGACAGUUGACCCAACAGUCAAAUCAAAAUCUCCUCUAGAUUCAACAAAAUCUCCUACUAAACCCACAUUUAGCGACGAUUCUGAAGAUGAGUUGGAAUUGAAGAAACCAACUGAACUCGAUUCAAAACCAGAUCAGCCAACUGACAUUUCCAGUUUACCAAAGCCAGUUGACCCAACAGUCAAACCCAAAUCUCCUCUAGAUUCAACAAAAUCUCUUACUAAACCCACACUUAGUGACGAUUAUGAAGAUGAGUUGGAAAUAAAGAAACCAACUGAACUCAAUUCAAAACCAGUUCAGCCAACUGACAUUUCCAGUUUACCAAAGACAGUUGACCCAACAGACAAACCAAAAUCUCCUCUAGAUUCAACAAAAUCGCCUACCAUGCCCACAUUUAGUGACGAUUCUGAAGAUGAGUUGGAAAUAAAGAAACCAACUGAUCUCGAUUCAAAACCAGAUCAGCCAACUGACAUUCCAUGUUUACCAACAGUCAAACCAAAAUCUCCUCUAGAUUCAACAAAAUCUCCUUCUAAACCCACAUUUAGUGACGAUUAUGAAGAUGAGUUGGAAAUAAAGAAACCAACUGAUCUCGAUUCAAAACCAGUUCAGCCAACUGACAUUUCCAGUUUACCAAAGACAGUUGACCCAACAGUCAAAUCAAAAUCUCCUCUAGAUGCAACAAAAUCUCCUACUAAACCAACAUUUAGUGUCGAUUAUGAAGAUGAGUUGGAAUUAAAGAAACCAACUGAACUCGAUUCAAAACCAGUUCACCCAACUGACAUUUCUAGUUUACCAAAGACAGUUGAUCCAACCGAUAAACCAAAAUCUCCUCAAGAUUCAACGAAAUCGCCUACCAAACACACAUUUAGUGACGAUUCUGAAGAUGAGUUUGAAUUAAAGAAACCAACUGAUCUCGAUUCAAAACCAGUUCAGCCAACUGACAUUUCCAGUUUACCAAGGACAGUUGACCCAACAGACAAAAAAACAUCUCUUCUAGAUUCAACAAAAUCGCAUACCGAGUACACAUUUAGUGACGAUUCUGAAGAUGAAUUGGAAUUAAAGAAACCAACUGAUCUCGAUUCAAAACCAGUUCAGCCAACUGACAUUUCCAGUUUACCAAAGACAGUUGACCCAAUAGACAAACCAAAAUCUCCUCUAGAUUCAACAAAAUCGCCUGCUCAACCUACAUUUGGGGUUGAUUCUGGAGAUGAGUUUGAAUUAAAGGAACCAACUGAUCUCGAUUCAAAACCAGUUCAGACAACUGACAUUUCCAGUUUACCAAAGACAGUUGACCCAACAGACAAACCUAAAUCUCCCCUAGAUUCAACAAAAUCGCCUACCAAACUCACAUUUAGCGACGAUUCUGAAGAUGAGUUGGAAUUAAAGAAACCAACUGAUCUCGAUUUAAAACCUGUGCAAUCUACUGUCACUUCAAGUUUACCAAAGCCAGUUGACGAAACAGACAAACAAAAAUCUCCUCUAGUUACAACAAAAUCGCCUACCAAACCCUCAAUUAGUGACGAUUCUGAAGAUGAGUUGGAAUUAAAGAAACCCAUUGAACUCGAUUCAAAACCAGUUCAGACAACUGACAUUUCAAGUUUACCAAAGACAGUUGACCCAACAGACAAACCAAAACCAACUCUUGUUUCAACAAAAUCACCUACCAAACCCACAUUUAGUGACGAUUCUGAAGAUGAGUUGGAAUUAAUGAAACCAACUGAUCUCCAUUCAAAACCAGUUCAGCCAACUGACACUUCCAGUAUACCAAAGCUAGUUGACCCAACAGACAAACCACAAUCUCUUACUAAACCCACAUUUAGUGACGAUUAUGAAGAUGAGUUGGAAUUAAAGAAACCAACUGAUCUCGAUUCAAAACCAGUUCUGCCAACUGACAUUUCCAGUUUACUAAAGACAGUUGACCCAAUAGAAAAACCAAAAUCUCUUCUAGAUUCCACAAAAUCGCCUACCAGACCCACAUUUAGUGACGAUUCUGAUGAUGAGUUUGAAUUAAAGAAACCAAUUGGUCUCGAUUCAGAACCAGUUCAGUCAACUGACAUUUCCAGUUUACCAAAGACAGUUGACCCAACAGACAAACCAAAAUCUCCUAUAGAUUCAACAAAAUCUCCUACUAAACCCACAUUUAGUGACGAUUAUGAAGAUGAGUUUGAAUUAAAGAAACCAAUUGAUCUCGUUUCAAAACCAGUUCAGCCAACUGAUACUUCAAGUUUACCAAAGCCAGUUGAUCCAACAGACAAACCAAAAUCUCCUCUAGAUUCAACAAAAUCUCCUACCAAGCCCACAUUUAGUGACGAUUCUUACGAUGAGUUUGAAUUAAAGAAACCAAUUGAUCUCGAUUCAAAACCAGCUCAGACAACUGACACUUCAAGUUUACAAAAGACAGUUGAUCCAACAGACAAACCAAAAUCUCAUCUAGAUUCUGCAAAAUCUCCUACCAAGCCCACAUUUAGUGACGAUUCUGAAGAUGAGUUGGAAGUAAAGAAACCAACUGAUCUCGAUUCAAAACCAGUUCAGGCAACUGACAUUUCCAGUUUACCAAAGACAGUUGACUCAGCAGACAAACCAAAAUCUCCUAUAGAUUCAACAAAAUCUCCUACUAAACCCACAUUUAGUGACGAUUAUGAAGAUGAGUUGGAAUUAAAGAAACCAACUGAUCUCGAUUCAAAACCAGUUCAGCCAACUGACACUUCAAAUUUACCAAAGACAGUUGACCCAACAGACAAACCAAAAUCUCUUCUAGAUUCAACAAAAUCGCAUACCGAGCCCACAUUUAGUGACGAUUCUGAAGAUGAGUUGGAACUAAAGAAACCAACUGAUCUCGAUUCAAAACCAGUUCAGCCAACUGACAUUUCCAGUUUACCAAAGAUAGUUGACCCAACAGACAAACCAAAAUCUCCUCUAGAUUCAACAAAAUCUCCUACUAAACCCACAUUUAGUGACGAUUCUGAAGAUAAGUUGGAAUUGAAGAAACCAACUGAUCUCGAUUCAAAACCAGUUCAGCCAACUGACAUAUCCAGUUUACCAAAGACAGUUGACUCAGCAGACAAACCAAAAUCUCCUCUAGAUUCAACAAAAUCUCCUACUAAACCCACAUUUAGUGACGAAUCUGAAGAUGAGUUUGAAUUAAAGAAACCAACUGAUCUCGAUUCAAAACCACUUCAGCCAACUGACUCUUCAAGUUUACCAAAGCCAGUUGACCCAACAGACACACCGAAAUCUCCUCUAGAUUCAACAAAAACUCCUACCAAGCCAACACUUAGUGACGAUUCUGAAGAUGAGUUGGAAUUAAAGAAACCAACUGAUCUCGAUUCAAAACCAGUUCAGCCAACUGACAUUUCCAGUUUACCAAAGCCAGAUGACCCAACAGACAAACCAAAAUCUCCUCUAGAUUCAACAAAAUCUCCUACCAAGCCCACAUUUAGUGACGAUUCUGAUGAUGAGUUUGAAUUAAAGAAACCAACUGAUCUCGAUUCAAAACCAGCUCAGCCAACUGACACUUCAAGUUUACCAAAGCCAGUUGACCCAACAGACAAACCAAAAUCUCCUCUAGAUUCAACAAAAUCUCCUACUAAACCCACAUUUAGUGACGAUUAUGAAGAUGAGUUGGAAUUAAAGAAACCAACUGAUCUCGAUUCAAAACCAGUUCAGCCAACUGACAUUUCCAGUUUACCAAAGACAGUUGAUCCAACAGACAAACCAAAAUCUCCUAUAGAUUCAACAAAAUCUCCUACUAAACCCACAUUUAGUGACGAUUCUGAAGAUGAGUUGGAAUUAAAGAAACCAACUGAUGUCGAUUCAAAACCAGUUCAGCCAACUGACAUUUCCAGUUUACAAAAGACAGUUGACCCAAUUGACAAACCAAAAUCUUCUCUAGAUUCAACAAAAUCUCCUACUAAACCCACAUUUAGUGACGAUUCUGAAGAUGAGUUGGAAUUAAAGAAACCAACUGAUCUCGAUUCAAAACCAGUUCAGCCAACUGACAUUUCCAGUUUACCAAAGACAGUUGACCCAGCAGACAAACCAAAAUCUCCUCUAUGUGCAACAAAAUCGCCCAUCAAGCCAACACUUAGUGACGAUUCUGGAGAUGAGUUGGAAUUAAAGAAACCAACUGAUCUCGAUUCAAAACCAGUUCAGCCAACUGACAUUUCCAGUUUACCAAAGCCAGAUGAUCCAACAGACAAACCAAAAUCUCCUCUAGAUUCAACAAAAUCUCCUACCAAGCCCACAUUUAGUGACGAUUCUGAAGAUGAGUUGGAAUUAAAGAAACCAACUAAUCUCGAUUCAAAACAAGUUCAGCCAACUGACAUUUCAAGUUUACCAAAGCCAGUUGACCCAACAGACAAACCAAAAUCUCCUCAAGAUUCAACAAAAUCUCCUACCAAACCCACAUUUAGUGACGAUUCUGAUGACGAGUUUGAAUUAAAGAAACCAAUUGAUCUCGAUUCAAAACCAGUUCAGCCAACUGACAUUUCAAGUUUACCAAAGCCAGAUGACCCAACAGACAAACCAAAAUCUCCUCUAGAUUCAACAAAAUCUCCUACUAAACCCACAUUUAUUGACGAUUAUGAAGAUGAGUUGGAAUUAAAGAAACCAACUGAUCUCGAUUCAAAGCCAGUUCAGCCAACUGACACUUCAAGUUUACAAAAGACAGUUGAUCCAACAGACAAACCAAAAUCUCAUCUAGAUUCUGCAAAAUCUCCUACCAAGCCCACAUUUAGUGACCAUUCUGAAGAUGAGUUGGAAUUAAAGAAACCAACUGAUCUCGAUUCAAAACCAGUUCAGCCAACUGACACUUCAAAUUUACCAAAGCCAGUUGACCCAACAGACAAACCAAAAUCUCCUCUAGAUUCAACAAAAUCUCAUACCAAGCCCACAUUUAGUGACGAUUCUGAUGACGAGUUUGAAUUAAAGAAACCAAUUGAUCUCGAUUCAAAACCAGUUCAGCCAACUGACAUUUCAAGUUUACCAAAGCCAGAUGACCCAACAGACAAACCAAAAUCUCCUCUAGAUUCAACACAAUCUCUUACUAAACCCACAUUUAGUGACAGUUAUGAAGAUGAGUUGGAAUUAAAGAAACCAAUUGAUCUCGAUUCAAAACCAGUUCAGCCAACUGACAUUUCAAGUUUACCAAAGCCAGAUGACCCAACAGACAAACCAAAAUCUCCUCUAGAUUCAACACAAUCUCUUACUAAACCCACAUUUAGUGACGAUUCUGAAGAUGAGUUGGAAUUAAAGAAACCAACUGAUGUCGAUUCAAAACCAGUUCAGCCAACUGACAUUUCCAGUUUACCAAAGAUAGUUGACCCAACAGACAAACCAAAAUCUCCUCUAGAUUCAACAAAAUCGCCUACCAAACCCACAUUCAGCGAUGAUUCUGAAGAUGAUUUGGAAUUAAAGAAACCAACUGAUCUCGAUUCAAAACCUGUGCAACCUAAAUACAUUUCAAUUUUACCAAAGCCAGUUGACCAAACAGGCAAACCAAAAUCUCCUCUAGAUUCAACAAAAUCGCCUGCUCAACCCACAUUUGGGGUUGAUUCUGGAGAUGAGUUUGACUUAAAGGAAACAACUGAUCUCGAUUCAAAACCAGUUCAGACAACUGACAUUUCAAGUUUACCAAAGCCAGUUGACCAAACAGACAAACAAAAAUCUCCUCUAGUUACAACAAAAUCGCCUACCAAACCCUCAAUUAGUGACGAUUCUGAAGAUGAGUUGGAAUUAAAGAAACCCAUUGAACUCGAUUCAAAACCAGUUCAGACAACUGACAUUUCAAGUUUACCAAAGACAGUUGACCCAACAGACAAACCAAAACCAACUCUUGUUUCAACAAAAUCACCUACCAAACCCACAUUUAGUGACGAUUCUGAAGAUGAGUUGGAAUUAAUGAAACCAACUGAUCUCCAUUCAAAACCAGUUCAGCCAAUUGACACUUCCAGUUUACCAAAGCUAGUUGACCCAACAGACAAACCACAAUCUCCUACUAAACCCACAUUUAGUGACGAUUAUGAAGAUGAGUUGGAAUUAAAGAAACCAACUGAUCUCGAUUCAGAACCAGUUCAGCCAGCUGACAUUUCCAGUUUACUAAAGACAGUUGACCCAAUAGACAAACCAAAAUCUCUUCUAGAUUCCACAAAAUCGCCUACCAGACCCACAUUUAGUGACGAUUCUGAUGAUGAGUUUGAAUUAAAGAAACCAAUUGGUCUCGAUUCAGAACCAGUUCAGCCAACUGACACUUCAAGUUUACCAAAGCCAGUUGACCCAACAGACAAACCAAAAUCUCCUCUAGAUUCCACAAAAUCGCCUACCAGACCCACAUUUAGUGACGAUUCUGAUGAUGAGUUUGAAUUAAAGAAACCAAUUGGUCUCGAUUCAAAACCAGUUCAGCCAACUGACACUUUAAGUUUACCAAAGAUAGUUGACCCAACAGACAAACCAAAAUCUCCUCUAGAUUCAACAAAAUCUCCUACUAAACCCACAUUUAGUGACGAUUCUGAAGAUGAGUUGGAAUUAAAGAAACCAACUGAUCUCGAUUCCAAACCAGUUCAGCCAACUGACAUUUCCAGUUUACCAAAGACAGUUGACCCAACAGACAAAUCAAAAUCUCCUCUAGAUUCAGCAAAAUCGCCUACCAAACCCACACUUAGCGUCGAUUCUGAAGAAGAGUUGGAAUUAAAGAAACCAACUGAUCUCGAUUCAAAACCAGUUCAGACAACUGACAUUUCCAGUUUACUAAAGACAGUUGACCCAACAGUCAAACCAAAAUCUCCUCUAGAUUCAACAAAAUCGCCUACGAAACCCACAUUCAGCGACGAUUAUGAAGAUGAUUUGGAAUUAAAGAAACCAACUGAUCUCGAUUCAAAACCUGUGCAACCUAAAUACAUUUCAAUUUUACCAAAGCCAGUUGACCAAACAGGCAAACCAAAAUCUCCUCUAGAUUCAACAAAAUCGCCUGCUCAACCUACAUUUGGGGUUGAUUCUGGAGAUGAGUUUGAAUUAAAGGAACCAACUGAUCUCGAUUCAAAACCAGUUCAGACAACUGACAUUUCCAGUUUACCAAAGACAGUUGACCCAACAGACAAACCUAAAUCUCCCCUAGAUUCAACAAAAUCGCCUACCAAACUCACAUUUAGCGACGAUUCUGAAGAUGAGUUGGAAUUAAAGAAACCAACUGAUCUCGAUUUAAAACCAGUUCAGACAACUGACAUUUCCAGUUUACUAAAGACAGUUGACCCAACAGUCAAACCAAAAUCUCCUCUAGAUUCAACAAAAUCGCCUACCAAACCCACAUUCAGCGACGAUUAUGAAGAUGAUUUGGAAUUAAAGAAACCAACUGAUCUCGAUUCAAAACCUGUGCAACCUAAAUACAUUUCAAUUUUACCAAAGCCAGUUGACCAAACAGGCAAACCAAAAUCUCCUCUAGAUUCAACAAAAUCGCCUGCUCAACCUACAUUUGGGGUUGAUUCUGGAGAUGAGUUUGAAUUAAAGGAACCAACUGAUCUCGAUUCAAAACCAGUUCAGACAACUGACAUUUCCAGUUUACCAAAGACAGUUGACCCAACAGACAAACCUAAAUCUCCCCUAGAUUCAACAAAAUCGCCUACCAAACUCACAUUUAGCGACGAUUCUGAAGAUGAGUUGGAAUUAAAGAAACCAACUGAUCUCGAUUUAAAACCUGUGCAAUCUACUGUCACUUCAAGUUUACCAAAGCCAGUUGACGAAACAGACAAACAAAAAUCUCCUCUAGUUACAACAAAAUCGCCUACCAAACCCUCAUUUAGUGACGAUUCUGAAGAUGAGUUGCAAUUAAAGAAACCAAUUGAACUCGAUUCAAAACCUGUUCAGCCAACUGACCCUACCAGUUUACCAAAAAUAGUUGACCCAACAGACAAACCAAAAUCAACUCUAGUUUCACCAAAAUCGCCUACCAAACCCACAUUUAGUGACGAUUCUGAAGAUGAGUUGGAAUUAAAGAAACCAACUGAUCUCGAUUCAAAACCUGUGCAACCUACUGACAUUUCGAGUUUACCAAAGCCAUUUGACAAACCAAAAUCUCCUCUAGAUUCAACAAUAUCUCCUACUAAACCUACAUUAAGUCAUGAUUCUGGAGAUGAGUUGGAAUUAAAGAAACUAACUGAUCUCGAUUCAAAACCAGUUCAGCCAACUGACAUUUCCAGUUUACCAAAGCCAUUUGACCCAACAGAAAAACCAAAAUCUCCUCUAGUUUCAACAAAAUCGCCUACCAAUCCCUCAUUUAGUGACGAUUCUGAAGAUGAGUUGGAAUUAAAGAAACCAACUGAUCUCGAUUCAAAACCAGUUCAGCCAACUGACAUUUCCAGUUUACCAAAGACAGUUGACCCAACAGACAAACCAAAAUCUCCUCUAGAUUCAACAAAAUCGCCUACCAAACUCACAUUUGGUGGCGAUUCUGAAAAUGAGUUGCAAUUAAAGGCACCAACUGUUGUCGAUUCAAAACAUUUGGAGUCCGCUCCCAUUUCGAGUUCGCCAAGACAGUCAGAUGAGUCAAACAAACUUGAGUCAGGACCUUUGAAGCCCACUCCCACAUAUGUUUUAAGAAUGCCAAUUGAUAAUCCAGACAAACCGAAAUAUCAUCUAGACUUAGAUUUAUCAGAACCACCACUUAAGCCUUACUCAGAUGAUGAAACCGAAGAUGAGGUUGAUGGUAAUUUGCCAGUAUGGCGUAGCCCUGAACAGUCGUUAGACAAUUUUAUUUCUGUUUUAUCAAGAAUUGCAAGCGAAUCUGAUAAGUCUAAUGGUAGUAAAUCGCUUUCGCCAUCUUCAAUAAAACCUUAUUCCGAUGAUGAUUCGGAUGAUGAGAUGCUGGAAAAAGAAUCUACUAAGUACAGUCCUAAGUUUUAUAAAAAGGAAAGCGCUGCUUUAAGUAUCUCAGCUGUUAAAGGUGCUAAAACUAUAUCUCCUGGUGAUUUACCAAAAUCGGCUUUUAAAACGUAUUCUGACGAUGAAUCAGAAGAUGAAAUUUUACUUAAUGAACCACAUAAGUUUAGUCCUGUAUACCGAAAAUCCCCACCAUUUUCACCUAAGUCCCCACUUAAGCCAUAUUCAGAUGAUGAAUCUGACGAUGAAAUGAUAUCAGAAAAAAUUACGAAUCUUAGCAGUUUGUCAAAACCAACUCUUAUAGCGAAAUCUACAACGGAGCCUCCAAAAUCCUACGAUAAAUCUCUAGAUGGGAUUAUGUCUACUCCAACAAUUGAAAGUUUAGCUUGUCCUACUGAAACAACAGAAAUUUUGAAAGCCUCUGAAGAGUCUUCAAAACCCAUUCUCAAACCUUAUUCUGAUGAUGAGUCUGAUGAUGAUUUAGUAAACGAGUCUCGGUCUUCGAAGCUCAGUCCAGAACAUCAUAAAGACUUCAUAAUGAAUGUUUCAGGAGAGCCGCAUGCAGAUUCCGCUAUGUCAAAAGAUGAUUUAGAUUUUAAGGUUGUGCUGCCUUUAAUUACCAAAGAUUCCGGAGUUAUAGCAAGUCCUUCAGUUGAUAAUGUUUUUGAAAGUGACGUGAUUUCAAACACUGACAAAACUAAAGCGCGUGCAGUUGCGUAUUUCGUUGACUUGGAGGAAAGUGAUAAAUCAAAAUCGCAGCUCUCUAGACCAAGUAUUUACAAAAAACAAGAUCAUGACAAGACCAAAUCAAAAAUAAGAAAACCAAAAUUAGAUUCACAGACGUCCGUCAAAUCCAUUGACAAGACUUCUAGAAAAAAACCUUCUAUUUCUGAAACUUCUCCUAAAAUUCUGCAAAAUAUUAACCGUACAAGCAGUCGUGAAUUGAAAACGACCCAACGAUUACCAAAGAAAAGUAACAUAGAGAGUUCCAUUACAAAUCUGAAGCCUCGCAAAGAUAUUAAAAAGGCUGUUGUUAACGAUUAUGAGAGAAUUAUCUCUGAUAAAACGAAAAUAUCUGCUUUGAACAACCAGAUACGUUUAGAACGAACAUUAAGUCCUCAACCAAAUCAGAAUGAGGUAGAUUCCAGAAGUCGCAACACUACCCCCAGACCUAGAAUCCGAACUGAUAUUACAAGAGUUCCUCAGCAACAAACGCUUAGAACAUUUAGUCCACCUCCUAACCGACCCAAACCGGACUAUUCUGCAAUCACAAGUACUUAUGCUUAUACUAGAAAAUCACAAAAACCUACAAAGACAGUUGUAAGAAAGCAGACCGACCAUUCACCGAGCUCGAGAAGCUCCACACCCAACGACGAUUCACAAAGAAGACGUUUAAGAACUCCUACUAUUCCGACAGGACCACAUCAUUACAUGCAACCAACAAUUGCUCACAGCAGGCGAUAUGGAAAUUUAAAAUCCGCCGAUAGUGAACUUAGUUUAGAUGAAAGGUUUUCAAAGUCUCCACUACCUCCAACGACAGCUACCACAAAUAGAAACACAUUUCAAAAUAAACAAGUAAAAAGUCAUUCGGGGACCAAAAAGCUGCAGACAAACAAAAUCAACAGCAGCAGUAGGGAGUCAUUAAGAGCAACAGAAACAAAGUCUAAAACAUCCACUGACCAAACGACAACUACGCCAGACAAUAAGUCAAAAUCAUUGUCGACAACAAAACGAACCCGAAACCUACAUACAAAAGAAAACAGUUUAAAAAGUACGAUUGACAGAUCCGAUAGUUCAACAAAGUCAAUUAUAGUUGAACAAGUCAGCAGUGUCCGUUAUAUUCGGCAAGUUUCCAAAGAAAAAACAGCCGUUCCUAAGGACAAGACCGACAAGAAAAAAGUUACCCUGAAAUCCAUAACAAAAAGGGAAAACUCUAAACUAUCACUCGAAGAUACCAACAGGGUAAAAGAGCGUGAUGCUGCAGCACUAAACCAAAAACGAUUCACAAAUACAUCGUCAAAGGUUCCAAUUAGAACAAAAGCGAAUAAAACAGCAGAUGAGAAAGUUAAAUCGGAACCUAAAACAAAAGUUGAUCAGAAACAAAGUACCGUGAAACGAAACACUAUAAAGAAAACUGACACCACAAAGGACAAAUUGGCGCAAAGUAAAGUUGUUGACCUUAAAGUUCAAAAGAAACUCAAGAACACUCUUAACAAUCAAACCGGCACCACUGCAAAAUCUUCACCGACAAUGUCUCAUUCCUCUCACAGUUCACGUAAAUCAACAUCUACGUCUGCAACAACAACCACAACUACCUCAAAACAUAGCCAAUCGAAAAAUAAAACUGAGAAAGAAUUUCUCAAUAGUAAGUUGGCUGAGAAAAAGUCGUUCGUAACAACCGUCACUUCCACAGGCGCCAGUAGAAUUUCAACCGUGAAACUCCAUCGCGAACCAAUAGCCACCACUCUUGUAAGUACGGUCGUGCUCACCGAUGACAACGACUCGGAAAACAAUACACGAUCAGUGCGAUCCAAUGACAGCGUAAAAAGUUCCAGUUCAUCGGGUAGUCGUAAAGUAAUAACAAGUGAAGUUUUCACCAAGACCUUUGGUCCCGACAAGCCAUUCGAAGUAAUAUACCGUCAGCCCGAAGUAGAUUACAUGAGCAUAAUGCGUCCACAGUCGGUUGAGCAGCGUUGCGUCAACGAGUAUGAUGUUAGUUUCAUUGAUACAACCGACUCGAGUCUCUCCGAUUCGGUGGCCUUGCCAACAUUCACCUCAGACCAAGAUCGCUUGUGUGCUGCCAGUCCCGGCUCACCCAAACCCACACGCAGCCCCUUUGCUCUUAUAGAGGAGACAAUACGCAAACAACAAGCCAGUGGCUUUGCCCUGGAUCCCACAUUGCAAAGGCAAUUCGAGGCAGUUGGCAUGAUUGGCUCUGAAUCUGAAAGUCCUAUGACAUCCUCCAUAGCCGACAACGAUCUCCAUAAGCAAGAAACCCUGCAAACGUACAUACCCGAACCGCAACAAAUUGUAUCUGUCGAAACAAUUGCAACACAAGGCACUUUAAAAUAUGAAAUAGAAAAUGAAAAAUAUGUAAAUGGUGGUGAUGAUGAUGAUGAUAAAGAUAAAGAUCAUGAUAAUGGUGGUUAUGAUGAAGAUGAGGAAGACGAUGACGAAGAGGACGAUGACUAUGAGCAUGAACAUGAUAAAUCUGUUAUUGAUACUGAUUCCAAUAUGGCAAAAUCACUACCAUCGAAUGUUGAAAACGUGCGUCGUGAAGCAACCGUUUUAGUUGACAAUGUUCUUGAGGAAAGUAUUCAUAUUGUCAACGAACAACAAGAUCGUGAUCAUAUUGAAACGUACAAUGUUGUUGUUGACAAUAACGCUAGAGCGGAAUACAAUUCAGAAAGUGAAAAUUAUGCCAUCACAUGCGAUGACGUUGAUGGCUUGGAUGUCAUUAAGUCGCCAACAAUCGAAUCAAUGUCUGGCAAAUCGUUUGAUGAUAAUUUAAGUUUUACCGAUGAACACAUUGCAACCAUGACUGGUCCAGCCACCACCUUGACAACAUAUUCCGUACAACAAACACAAGAAACAAUUCAAAUGUUACCACAUGAUGGUGAUGAAAUGUGUGCAACUAAAUUCACAACUCCUCAGACAUCUGUGGCACAAGUUGAUGAUGUUUUAGAGGAACGUAGUACAAUUAGAACACGACGCGUUGAACAUAAAUUUCAAAAAAUCUCAUCACAUGUUCAGGACUUAGAUAACGAAGCAGCAAAGUUUGAUGAACAAUUUGAAAGUGUUGUACAGGAUGAUGAAAUAAGUCACUUGCAAGGAGAUUUUUCAAAAAUAAGUUGGGAUGAUAGUCAAUCGCCAACUACGAAUACAUUGGGCGAUAUUGGUCAAAGUACACCAGAUAAUGAUAUACAAGAUAUAGUAGCAGAAACAAAAUCCACAGACAUUACACCCGUCCCACCGUCUGCAAUAACAACGACAUCGUCUACGCUAAGCCAAGACACUGCUGAUGCUGAAUCGAGAGCAACAAUUGGUGAUGUGCCGAAACCCAAGCCACGAUCGGUAAGAAUUUCUACGCCCACUGAAGAUGAUGAAGACGAUAUAGCGGAAAAAAUGUCGUCUCAACUGCCGUACGAAGUAGAGGAACAGGAAGUGUCAUUUGAUUUGUCAGAUGAUUUGGAUAUCUCCGUAGUUCCUGUGCCGAAACCACGUAACCAAAUGAAAACAUCAGAUUCGUUUAAAAAUCUUGAUUCUUUAAACGAACAACAAGUUCAUCAACAGCAACAACAGCAGCAACACCAGCCCUCUCAGUCCGAUAGUGUUAGUUUACGUAGCUUCGAUUAUACCGAAGAAACAUCACGUACCGAUGAUCCAUCGAUUUCUGUAUCGGUUUCUAUGAAAUCUCAACAUCUCGAUUAUCCCCUUACAACAACAACUACGGCCACUACGACUACAUCUGAAGAUCCUGCAACAGAAUCUAUAGAUCCACCUAGUGAACUAUCAAUUGAUGAUGGAAAUGUUGAAACUGAGCGCAAAACUAGUUUCUAUAUUGGAGAAUCUAGUCGCAAUAUCAUUAUUAAAACAACCCCCACAAAGCUCAGUGCCAGUGAUGGUGCAACGGAUGAGCCACUGACCGGAGUGAUGAGUGUGGAACCCAUCGAAGCAACGGACAUAUCUCUGAUGAAAGAGUUCUCUGUAGACUCUGACGAAGAAAACGACGUCUUUAAGGAAUAUGUCACAAUAAAACCUACGGAACCAGAAGCAGGCACACGGAUUCGUCGACAGAGCUCAGAGACCCGAAAUGAUUUAUUGGAAGAGGAUGCUCUGACUAAGGAAGCGAUUGAAUCGACAACAGUUGUUAAAGCAAUGACGACAUCAACACCAGCCGCAGCUGCUGCCGAAGAGCCAACUUUACGGAAAACUAGUACUGAACAAAGUUUUACUACAACUACCGUAACAUCGACUACAUCUACAAGUUCCGCACCUAUGGAAGUUAUUCACUCAACGGGUGAAGACGAUUCGAUACGUGAAAUCUCUGAAUCCAUUGAUAUUGAAGUCGAACGACCAAUAGAUUUGGAUUUGCCGUUGGAGAAAAGUGAAUGGGAAAAUACAGAAAAAGAAAUUCCUCCAACGGGAAAGGGGAAAAUAGUCCAUUCCCCACAACAGCCCACCCUUAGUGGUUGGACAAAAGAGGCCUUAACUGAAGAAAUGGUGACAAAAACACUCGAGGAAGUUCAAGAGUCUCUAGAUGCUGCCAAAAAUGAACUUAAAUCUGUUUUAAAGGAUGGAAAAUCCAUCAAAGAGUCACCCUCUGAAUUUGAGUUCCGCUCAUUUUCUCAGACAAUUGCUAGUGGUGGUGGAGAGGGUGAAAAGAUCUCAGAUACGGACAUUAAAGCCGAAAAAAUUAUUGAAGAAAAUAUAGAGCUCAUGGAAAGUGAAGAUAUAUCCUCAUUUAUUGGUGUUCCAGAAAAUAUACAGGACAAACACAGUCAAGAGAUAGAAAAGGAAGAGAUCAUGGCUGGUACAGUUAUCGACAGUUUAAAUAGAGAAGCAGCCAUGCUUCACUAUGCUCAAAGUGUAUUUGACGAGAAGAAAAUGGAAACUUCUCUUGGUUUUAUAUCCACCGGUACUGCGGGAUCUCAAGAUUCUCAUACUUCUUCGGAUGAUAAUGUAGUUAAGGAAGAACGAGCCUCUCUUGGUUUCAUUUCUAGUGAAACGGCUGAAGAUUUCAGCUCAAUGGAAGAUUAUUAUCAGGAAAAAUUAGUAAAAGCCGAUAUUGUUACCGAAGCUAAAGAAGAAAACGAACAAAUUAUGACAUCGACUACUGCAGGUGUCGACGCCUUUGGAGAAAUAACAUCUGAACUUACAAUGAAGCCUUUCGAGGAUGUGGUACAUCGUAUUAAAACUGACAGUGCAGAUAGCGCUCAGAAUCGCUGGUCAGUUCCAGAAAUCGACCAAUCAAGUUCCAGUGAAAGCUAUUAUAAAAGCUUUGAGAAAAGUGAAAGUCGUCCGCUGUCAUCCGACAUUGAAAACUUAAUGACCCAGGCAAAUUCAUCUGAAUAUCAGACAGCUGCGGAUGCAUCAUCGGUUUAUAGAGAAACUACGGAGUUCGUAAGUGCUGUUAGUACAUUCGAUAGUAGUUCAGGGAAAACCAUAAGUUCCCAUGAAAGCAUGCGCAGUCUUGACUCACAGUCUGAGACUUCGGCCAAUUUGGGCAGCAUAGAUGUUUCAGAAUUGUCAGAAACUCUAGUAGCUUCGUCCACCGAAGAAGCUGAAGAGCUUCAACGUUUACGAGACUUGGCUGAUGAAGAAGACAGCGAUGAUAGUCUGGAUAUAGAAACAACAGAUUAUACUAUGAGUGAAAGUAAAAUUCAGCAACAGUCACAAAUGAAACGAUCUCAAGAAAUGAUUUUUAAACCAAAAUCUGAUGACAUUGCACGUAAACCCGAGGAAGAAGUCCAAGAGCAGGAUAAGACCAUUCAAAGUGUGCAAAUUGAAGAAUAUGCGAAACCAAAAGAAGUCGAAAAAACUUGGGGAUUAACAUAUCCUAUGGAAGAGACAAAAGCUGAUGAUUUCAAAGACUCAGAGGAUAUUCUAUUAUAUCAUGAAGAUGUUAGACGUUCAAUUGAUGAUUCCAAAUAUGGAUCUAGCUUAGACGAAGGAAGCAUCCUCUCUGUUAGCAUGUCAAGUACUUCAAAUAUAGACACUGUGGUGGACAACUUUGAAGAUAUUGUGGGAUCAGUUGGUGCCUCUUCAUUAGCAGGUAUUGACGGAUUCGCCGCAUCUUCAUUACCUGAAGAAACUACAUUCGUAAUGGAUAUGGAUGGAGGAAGUGGAGAUUUGUCUCCCCAAGAUUCUACUGCCACAACACCACCAGGUGAAACGCCUACCAAACGUGGGCAUAAGCGCUCCGAAAGCACAUCUGUGUCAGGAGACGAUGUCAAAUCCAUUCCAGACAAAGACGCACCAGCUCCACCAGGUGAAGGAAAAGAAUCGGAGAGUGAAUCAGAUACAGAUCCUUACGAAACGGAAUAUGCACGUCAAUUCCGAUCACCUUCCGAUCGUAAAAGUAAGAAGAAAAAGCAAGCCGCUGCUGAAAUGGAUCACAGUUUUGAAACCGAAAAGCGUCCAUUUACGCCAUCACAACUUGUGGCCGAAGUAAUUGUUGAAGAUAGUCUCACUGAAGAAUUGGAAGCCAAGGAAUGUCUGCUGGAAGAGCGACGACCAUCCCAAAAUAUGCUUAAUUAUGCAAAUAUUCCAGACAUCACCGUUACCGAAGACACUCAACCUAAAUCACCAAUUUUAUUAGAUACUUUCGAAGAAAAAACUCUGUACAAAGUGAAAACGGAAGAAGAAUUACACAAAGCCACAGACGAUCGACCUCUACAUGAAGAAAAAGAGAUGGUUAUUGAUAUAAAGGAAGAAAACUUCCAAAAACUAGUUCAAGAACAGUACAAGCAAAAAUUGGCUGAACUACAAAAGGCGGAAAUCGGCGAUUCCGACUAUGACUACAAUAAAGCACCUGACUCUCCAGAUUCAUUUGAAAUGGUUGACCAACCAGAUAUUUCCGAUGAAUUUGUAAUAAUUGAAGAGGUGGCCAAGGAGGCCAAUGAAGAUGACCUGGGAGGCAAAAGUAUACGUAUAGCCCCCACCAAAUAUGAAUCAAAACAUGACGAAGAAGUAGAAAAAAUUAUUAUAAAAUCUGCACCCGCUGAUCCCAAGUUAGGGUCGCAAAUAUUCCGCGAUGACUUAAAUUUUGAAUUUGAAGAAAGUCCCCCAACCGGUAGCAGUGGAGGAGCUGGUAGUGAGGCACAAGACGAAAGCGAUUCUAGCGCUGAUAUGGCGGCGAACAACAAACGGUGGGUCGAAAUGCAGUUAACUGACAACCAACUGCGCUAUCCAUACGACCUAACUGGUGGUGUCCUGGAAGACAUAAAAGAAGAAGAUGGAGAGUUCGAAGUCGGUAGUAGUCGUAUUAGCAGUUUUAAGGACUCAUUCUCAAGCACACCCGAAUACGAUGUCAUGGCAGCCCGACGUUACUAUGCAGCACGCGGAGAACAUGACGAUAUCUCAAUGAGCAGUUUGCAGGAGUUUGAAUCUCUGGAACAAGCGAUUUCAUUAGAAAAUCGCAAUCGCACCCAUCAAGGAUCAACCGAUUCAAGCAAUGGCAGUUUUCAGCGGCGGUACAUAUUGCGCAAUAGCGCUAGUGGACCAACUCAAGGUGAUGAUAUAUCGGUAUCUAGUCUCAAAGAGUUUGAGGGCCUUGAAAACGCUUGCAUCGAAGCUCAUCUUAUUGAGAUCAAAGCCAAAGAGGAGGCGGCUAUGCUAUCUCGUUCGGAUGAAUCGAACAAAUCGAAUGGAAGUGACCGAGAGCAAAUCGUAGACCCUUCCAAAGUGGUUGUCACUAGAGUCACGAGAACAGUAACGCAUACGGAAGUUUUACAGUCCGGUCAACAACCUCCCGAUAUCGAAACCUUACUCAAACAAAAGUUGCAAGAAUGUGAACGAGCUCAGAGCUCCGUUCAAAUAACCGAAAUAUCGAAAACAAAGGCUGAUUCAGACAGAGGAAGUGUAGAUAGUCUUGAAAUGAAUCGUAGUAUUGACAUGGUUACAAGCAGUGUGGAUGACAGCUUUGACAUAUCAAAAGAUGGCACCACAAAAUCAGACAUAGACUCUUUAGAAGUUGACAAGCGUCACCCCACACGUGAAGAAAGCAUUGAAUCGAUUGAAAUGGAACACAUGGACGAUGUCAUGUCCAAAUUCGGAGUAACGUUAGGAGAUGGUCUUACAACAACGACAACUACUACGACCACAAGCACGGAUGCCGACGGAUGUGAACACACAACCGUAACGAAAAGGAUUAUCACAAAGAGCACACUUUCUGGUGGUGGCGCCAGCAGUACGUCCCUCGAUGCCUCGAUACCAGAGACGAUGACCAAAGAUUAUUCCGCUGAAUCCCUUAAUCAAAUAAGUGUGCUUGAUCAAAACACCACCAGUUCGGCGGGAACAACGGCCACAUACCAAACCAGUGCUGGCAAUUCGCAAAUGUCUGGCAGUAUCACAAGCUGUGCCUCCAGUACCCUUAUGGAAGAUUCCGCCAUGAGCAUGUCUGGCUUAACGAUGUCAUCAAGUUAUUGGUCUCACGAAGAAGAAACCGUGAAAGAAGGCACCGAUAUAAACACGAAGGAUGUUCUCAACAAAGAAGACCAUCCUCCACAUUAGAUGAUUAUUUCAAAAGAAAAUGAUUUGUUUAAGUUUUUUGAUACUUUGAUAAAACAAUAUUAGAAUUCAAAAAUUAAGAAGGUCUCUACAUAUUAAGUUGGAUAUUAAAUAGAAUCUAAGGCUUAUUGGGAUCGUCUGCUAUACAUUGAUGUUGCUGAAAAUGGAACAUUUUUUUAUAACGAAUAUAUUAAUCAAUUAAUUAAUUAAUUAGUUAACCAUGUAUUAACUAAUUGUAACACAUUCUACAAACAUUUCAAAGUGUUGCUGUACUCGACAAGAUACUCACUCACUCUUACGCUAUAAGUCAUACAAUUUAUAAUAAUAAAACAAAUUAAUUAAAUAUUAAUUCUUACACAUACACAAUCACACACACACACAUACAUUUAAAUAUUUAAUAUUAAAAAAAAUAUUGUAGA